AUGGAAUUUAAAGGGCCUUUCUCCUGGUGGAUAAUAUUGUGUGGAUGGAUCUUUGUCUUCUUCCAUGCAUGUCAUGGCGACCUGAGUUACUCGGUUCCGGAGGAGACGAAGAAAGGAUUUGUAGUCGGCAAUGUAGCGAAGGAUCUAGCUCUCGAUAUCAAGGGACUGGCCUCUCGUGAAUCUCGAUUAGAUACGGAAGACAAUGGCCAACGUUUUUGCGACAUAAAUCUUCAAACGGGCGAGCUAUUUGUCGUCGAGAGGAUUGACCGAGAAGAGCUCUGCGGAUCUAAAAUAUCCUGCAAUCUGAGAUACGAACUGGUGUUAGAAAAUCCGUUAGAGCUGCAUCAAGUAUCCAUCCAUGUCGAGGAUGUAAAUGACAACUCACCUGUUUUCCCAAAGAAUGAUAUUAAGCUAGAAAUAAGAGAAUCUGCAGAUAAAGGUGAGAGAUAUCCCUUAGAUGAGGCUCACGAUGUGGAUGUAGGUCGGAACGGCAUACAGAGCUAUUAUCUAGAGAAAAAUUACCAUUUUACGUUGGCUGUGCAUUCUAAUCCCGAUGGUGGAAAAUACAGUGAACUGAUUUUAGAUAAGGAGCUUGAUCGUGAGCAAGAGCAGGAAAUAGUAUUAACACUUACUGCUACUGACGGGGGUACUCCGCAGAGAUCAGGCACUGUAACCAUACACAUCACUGUUUUGGAUGCUAACGACAACCUGCCAGUUUUCACUCAGCAAACGUAUGAUGUGAAGCUGCUUGAAAAUUCACCCCUGGGUACUGCAGUCGUCACGGUUAGUGCAACAGACGCAGACGAGGGCGCAAAUGGCGAGGUCACAUACGAAUUCAACCGCAUAUCUGACAAAGCAGCUAAGCUCUUUUCAAUAGACAGUGUGAGUGGGGAAAUAACAGUUACAGGGCCCGUUGACUUCGAAGACAAAAGGGAACAUGAAAUACGUGUUCAGGCAAAAGAUGGUGCAGGACUAGCGUCCACAGCCAAGGUAAUCGUUAAUAUCAUGGACGUCAAUGAUAACGCACCAGUUAUAUUUCUAAAGUCGUUCAAGAGCCAUGUGUUAGAGCAUGCAUUACCUGGCACAGAGGUGGGAAUUAUUAAUGUGCAGGAUAAGGACUCGGAGGGCAACAGGCAGGUCCGUUGUUCUAUUCAGCAAAAUGUUCCUUUUAAAUUAAAUCCAUCCAUCAAGAAUUACUAUUCACUAGUGACAACAGCUGAACUGGAUCGUGAACUUGUCAGUGAGUAUAAUAUAACAAUUGUUGCCACUGAUGAAGGUAACCCACCACUCUCUUCCUCCGAAACAAUUCACCUCUCUGUCUCUGAUAUAAAUGACAAUCCCCCUGUGUUUGAGGAGCAGUCGUACAGUGCAUAUGUGUCUGAGAAUAACAAGCCUGGCUCCUCUGUGUGUUCUGUUAGUGCCAGAGACCCAGACUGGAGACAGAAUGGCACAGUCUUCUACUCUCUGUUGCCCAGUGAGGUCAAUGGCGUUGCGCUCUCCUCAUAUUUAUCCAUUAAUGGAGACACAGGGGUGAUCCAUGCUGUGAGGGCCUUUGACUAUGAGCAGUUUAGAAGCUUCAAAGUUCAGGUUGUAGCCAGAGACAAUGGUUCUCCUCCACUCAGCAGCAACGUGACUGUGAGUGUGUUCAUAACAGAUGAGAAUGAUAACUCUCCUCAGAUAUUAUACCCUACUCCAGAAGGAAACUCCUUCAUGACUGAGAUGGUUCCUAAAGCUGCUCUUUCUGGCUCGCUGCUGUCCAAAGUGAUUGCUGUUGAUGCUGACUCUGGACAGAACGCAUGGCUGUCAUAUCAGAUCGUCAAGUCGACUGAUCCGGGACUUUUCACUAUUGGUGUCCACAGUGGAGAGAUCAGGGCUCAGAGGGACAUUUCUGAAUCUGACAGCAUGAAGCAGAACCUUGUGAUCUCAGUGAAAGAUAACGGACAGCCCUCUCUCUCUACAACCUGUGCCGUAUACUUAGUCAUCUCAGAUAACUUGGCUGAAGUUCCUGAACUCAAAGACAUGUCUUAUGAGGAGAACAACUCUAAACUCACAUCUUAUCUGAUCAUUGCUCUGGUGUCUGUGUCCACAUUUUUCCUGACUUUCAUCAUCCUGAUCAUUGCUGUGAGGUUGUGUCACAGGAGGAAGCCCAGACUGUUGUUUGAUGGAGCAGUAGCCAUUCCCAGUGCAUAUUUACCUCCCAACUAUGCAGAUGUUGAUGGAACUGGAACUCUCCGUAGCACUUACAACUAUGAUGCCUACAUGACAACAGGCUCCCGCACAAGUGACUUCAAGUUUGUCCAGUCAUACAAUGACAACACCAUGUCUGCUGGAAGUACACUAAAGAAGAGUCCAAAUGAUAACAGCAACUGUUUGGACUUCUUUGAGGAAGCUUCAAAAUGCUCCACUUUGAUACAAGUAAAGGAACACAGGCCUAUACACCUUUUGCAAUCAUUCCUGAUCAUGUGA